AGGGAUUCCGAUAGGGUUUCCCACAAAAAGAGGCCCAAAGUGUAGAGAGAGAAAGAGAAAAAAGAGAGGGAAAAUCUUAGGGUUCUUGGCGAAAGUCUUCUCGCUGUUUUAUCUUGCAAUCGACCUGCUGAAUCUCCUCCGAUUGCCGUCCCCGGAGCUGCCGCGUCUUUGUGAUUACUGGAUCUAUACAUCAGUGAGCUCUCUUUUAUUGUUCGAGAUUCCAGCCGAAUUGUGGACGUUCUUUUUUGAAGACUAUGGACGAGUCAAAGCCUUUGAUUGCAACGCCUGGUAACUCACAAAUCAAUAGGAGUGACAGCAAUGCUGUUGAAGCUAGAUUCACUGACUUGUGCAAGAGUGGGUUAUCAUUGCUUGAGAACACUUACAAUGACGCUAUGAAGUUAUUCAAAGAAACUAAACACCUUUUAUCAGCUAAUGUCUCAACAAUUGGAAAUGGAGCACUGGAAGAAGCAGAGCGGUUUUGGUUUGCAUUUGUUCUGUAUUCCAUAAAGAGGCUUAGUGAGAAAACAGCAGAAAGUGUGCAGCCGGGUGAUAAUAAGUUUACUUUAUGCCAAAUAUUGAGAGCUGCAAAACUGAAUAUUGUGGAUUUCUUUAAAGAGCUACCUCAGUUUGUUGUAAAAGCUGGUCCUGUUUUAAGUAACAUGUAUGGUGAAGAUUGGGAGAACAGACUUGAGGCAAAUGAGUUGCAGACAAAUUUUGUUCACUUGAGCCUUUUAAGCAAGUCAUACAAGCGGGCAUUCCGGGAGCUUUUCUUGUCAAGUGAUGCAAACAUUGACAAGAACUCAGACACUGAUGAUGCUGCUGAUCCUGUCUCGGAGUACCGUCGAUUUGGGUGGUUACUGUUUUUGGCACUCCGUAUACAUGCUUUCAGCCGCUUUAAGGACCUAGUGACAUGCACAAAUGGUUUUGUUUCUGUACUGGUUGUUUUGAUAAUACACGUUCCCAUUCACUUCAGAAAUUUCAACAUCCAUGACUCUCUGCGCUUUGUUAGGAAAGGUGACAAAGGAGUAGACUUGCUAGCUUCACUGUGCAAUAUGUACGAUGCCUCAGAAGAUGACUUGAGGAAAAUGAUGGAGAAAGCUAAUAGCUUAAUUGAAGAUAUAUUGAAGAAGAAGCCCUGUGUCGCAUCUGAGUGUAAAACUGAGACCCUAGAAAAUAUAGACACAGAUGGUUUGAUCUAUUUUGAAGGCCUACUCGAUGAGCCAUCUCUUUCAUCCAGUUUGAAUAUUUUAGAAAAAGAUUAUGAUGAUGCAAUUCGUAAUAAAGGUGAACUGGAUGAGAGGGUACUCAUUAAUGAGGAUGAUAGCUUACUGGCUUCUGGGAGUUCAUCUGGAGGUGCUGUAAAUGUAACUGGUGUCAAGAGGAAAUUUGAUUCAAUAGCCUCGCCAACAAAGACAAUCACAAGCCCUCUGUCUCCACAUCGCUCUCCUACUGCAUCUCACGCAAAUGGUGUUCCUGGAGCUUCUAAUUCAAGGAUGGCAGCUACUCCCGUAACCACCGCAAUGACGACUGCAAAAUGGCUUCGUACUUAUAUAUCUCCACUUCCAUCAAAACCUUCAGCAGAGUUACAGCGUUUUCUAUCCUCAUGUGAUAGGGAUGUCACCAAUGAUGUUACACGUAGGGCACAGAUAAUAUUAGAGGCCAUAUUUCCAAGUAGUGCCUUGAGUGAGCGUUGUGUAGAUGGAAGCUUACAAAGCACGAACCUGAUGGAUAAUAUAUGGGCAGAACAGCGGAGAUUGGAAGCUCUUAAGUUAUAUUAUAGGGUUCUGGAAGCAAUGUGUACAGCAGAGGCUCAACUUCUACAUGCAACUAAUUUGACCUCUUUGUUAACUAAUGAAAGAUUCCACAGAUGCAUGCUUGCUUGUUCUGCAGAACUGGUGCUAGCGACACAUAAGACUGUCACAAUGUUAUUUCCUGCUGUUUUAGAGAGAACAGGUAUUACAGCUUUUGAUCUUAGCAAAGUGAUAGAGAGUUUCAUUAGACAUGAGGUAUCUUUACCAAGAGAGUUGAGGCGGCAUCUGAAUUCUCUGGAGGAGAGACUUUUGGAGAGCAUGGUGUGGGAGAAGGGUUCCUCCAUGUACAAUUCUUUGAUAGUUGCAAGACCAGUCUUAUCUGCAGAAAUAAAUCGCCUUGGGUUAUUAGCAGAACCAAUGCCAUCUUUGGAUGCAAUUGCCAUGCACAUUAGCUUUUCUUCUGGAGGCCCAUCCACUUCUUCCCCUUCACAGAAGCAUGAAACUUCACCUGGUCAUGUUGGCAGCUCAAUCUUAGGUCAAAAUGGGGAUACAAGGUCUCCCAAGAGACCAUGCACAGACUUGAGGAGUGUCUUGGUGGAGAGAAACCCUUUUACAUCACCAGUGAAGGACCGCCUACUAGCAUUGAGCAAUAAAUCAAAGGCACCUUUGCAAUCUGCAUUUGCCAGUCCAACACGGCCUAAUCCAGGUGGGGGAGGAGAAACUUGUGCAGAAACGGGAAUCAAUAUAUUCUUUGGCAAGAUUAAUAAGUUGGCAGCUGUCAGAAUUAAUGGAAUGGUUGAGAGGCUUCAACUGUCUCAACAGAUACGGGAGAGUGUUUAUUGUCUUUUUCAACAAAUACUUAGUCAGCAGACAUCUCUCUUCUUUAAUCGUCAUAUUGACCAGAUCAUCCUCUGUUGUUUUUAUGGAGUCGCAAAGAUCUCUCAAUUGAACCUGACUUUUAGAGAAAUUAUCUAUAACUAUAGGAAGCAACCACAGUGUAAACCACAAGUGUUUCGAAGUGUGUUUGUUGACUGGUCAACGGCACGGCAUAAUGGGAAAACAGGGCAGGAUCAUGUUGAUAUUAUUACAUUCUACAACGAAAUAUUUAUUCCCACUGUGAAGCCAUUGCUGGUUGAACUUGGUCCUUCUGGGACAAGUACAAGAACUACUCGGAUUCCUGAUGCCAAUAAUAGCAAUGAAGGUCAAUGUCCAGGAUCGCCUAAAGUUGCACCUUUUCCAAGUCUUCCGGAUAUGUCGCCGAAGAAAGUAUCUGCAACACACAAUGUAUACGUCUCCCCAUUGCGGACUUCCAAGAUGGAUGCCCUAAUCUCACACAACUCAAAAAGCUUAUAUGCUUGUGUCGGGGAGAGCACACAUGCAUAUCAAAGCCCAUCAAAGGACCUUACAGCCAUCAAUAAUCGCUUAAAUGGUACCCGAAAGGUUAGAGGCACACUCAACUUUGAUGGGAUUGAUGUUGGCUUGGUUAGUGAUUCCAUGGUUGCCAGUAGCCUGUACCUUCAAAAUGGCAGCUGCAUGUCCUCAUCCUGUGCGCCACCAAAAUCUGAGCAAUUGGACUCUUGAAUCUUUGAUUUUGCAUCCCUAUUCCCUACUUUCCCUGUUUGUAAAUCCUGGCUCUCUUCCAAUACUUAAAUCUGUGUCCCAGGGCAUGGCAUGCGCGGUUAUUUAUUGUAUGAUAUCCGCCACCCCCUAUGUGCCUACAUAUAUAUAUUACUCAAUACUGUAGUUGAAGCUGGCCUAACAAAUUUAAUAAAAUUUGCCUUUUUUG